UGCGUCGACCGUCGCAUACUGCAUCGUUCUGCCUCUCUUGUCUCUCCGUCUCUCUCGAUUGCGGAUUUCACCUUUUGCCCUUGGAACUUCUCCGCGUUUAGGAUCCGAGGAGCAGAUCGGAGAUCGGAUCCAUGGCGGAAACGCCGCCGCCCUUCCAGGAAUCCUCCCGCUGCGACGUCUGCAACUGUAGCUUCACCACCUUCCGCCGCCGGCAUCAUUGUCGAUGUUGUGGCAGGACACUCUGUCAUGAACAUUCAUCAAACUACAUGGCUUUACCGCAAUUUGGCAUUUACUCUGACGUCAGAGUCUGCUCCGACUGUUUAAACAAUUCCCCUCGGUCUCAAAAAGAUGAUACACAGGCUUUGGCAAAUUCCUCUGAUGUUGGAGCAGACUCAAUUUCAAGAUUGACACUGCAUGAAAACACUGACUUAGUGGCUAAAGCAACUUCAGGUGAAUCCAUAGUAGGUGUUCCUGAGUGCAAGUGUGGGAUGCCUUUGUGCAUAUGUGUAACUCCAACACCAGAACCAGCUCCCAUGCAGAUGCAGGGCACUACCAUGUUAAACAUACAGUCCAACCCAAAACCAAGGAAGACUAGUAGCAGCCAGCAACCGGCAGAAUCCAUUUCAAGGAAGCAUGCUGCUACUUCAUCCAGCAAGCCAAGCUCAUUUUUCAACCUUGGUCAAGCGAGCAACAAUGCCGUAGAUGAGGCUUGUGCAAAUUAUGAUGUCAGCGGAGAGGGCUUAAGAGAAGCAAUUAAGAACAGUGAUUCUACAGCCGUCAGAGAACUUCUUAGUAAGGGGGUGGAUCCAAACUACUGUGACAAGCAAGGCUUGACAUUGCUACAUCUUGCUGCAGUUUUUAAUCAGACUGAAAUAGCUUUCAUUCUCAUGGAUCAUGGAGCAAGUACAGAAUCUAAAAAUGCUCAAGGUGAAACACCUUUGGAUUGUGCGCCCACCAUGUUGCAGUACAAGAUGCGCAAGAAGGCAGAAGAACUCGCAGGCACUGCACAAGCAAUUUAACUGUCUCAGUCUCCCCCAAGUCGAGAGGCGUCAAACACUCCCAGUUGUGGUGGUAGAAGAAGACUCUGGUUGCCUGAAGAAGAAGAUGAGCUCUUUCUUAUCGGGCUUAACCGAGCAAUAACUCAACUAUUUCGUUCUCCGUAGAGCCAUUAAAAUCUCCUGUCAUUUUUCAUGUCGCGUGCUAUGCUAUCUUCCAUCUUCGAUGCGAUACUUAAUACUCGAAUGUUAGUGUUUCCUCGUCCGCGGUGAUCCAAACAGUGGCGCGUGGUGCACUGUGGAAGCUACGACUCGGCUGUGCUCAGGUUUGAUUUGCUCUAUCUAUCAAAUAAUUAAUUCAUAUUUGG